AUGCCGCACGACUCUGACGACAUCCAAAGCAUUUUUAACAAUCUAGAUAUAAACAGGGACGGGAAACUAGACCGACAUGAGCUCAAGGAAGCUCUGCAAAAGCUGGGAUUACCCCCUACAGAUCACUAUAUAAAUGAUAUCUUUCGCCAGUACGAUAUUGACGGCGAUGGAGUCGUCCAUGAACGGGAGUUCAGAUCUUAUGUGCAACGGAAAGAGGCAGCGAUGCGCAGGGCAUUCAGGUCCCUGGACAGAGACCAGAACGGAGCCAUCACAAGUGAAGAAUUGCAGAAAGCACUGGCACGCUUGGGUGUGCCUGUCACUGAGGCAACAGCUGCCCAGAUGGUAGAGCUUGUAGACACUGACCAGAGCUCUGAUAUCAGCUUUGAGGAAUUUAGGCGCUUCGCUCUUCUGCUGCCCUCCUCACAGGUGCCCUCCUAG